AGUAGAAAUAGGUUUUAAAAAUGACUUUUAUUUAUAUUUUAUUAUUUUAUAUGUUGGCAAAUAUUAUAUACACAACUAAUUCUUAUGGAGCGCAACCAAGGAUAGUUGCUCAAAAUGGACAUUUGAUAUUUUAUGCAGCAGAACAUAAAAACAUCAGUUUUCAAACUGUAGGAAGAGGUGGAAUUCAUGUAAAUGGCGUAGACCUGUUGAAAACAUCCAAGCUCUCUAAUUCAGUCUUAGAAUCCAUUAAAAAAUAUGAAGCAAGCUCACAAAGAUCACUUGCAAAAAUUUCUGAAUUCGAACAACUCCUCGAUGACGGCAUCCUGGCAAAAAUAAAGACAAUACAAUGGAGUCCAAACGCGACAUCCACUUCUAACCAGUUUCCGCAGGUUCCAGUUAACUCCGGUUCCGUAGUGCGAAGUGUUAGGAGAUUAAAUAGAAAAGUAAACAACCUGCAAAAGUCGAUACGCCUUUUAACUCUUCUACUGACAACGGAUGAGUGUUCUAGUAAUCCUUGUAAAAAUGGAGCAACUUGCCAAGAUUUAUUUAACGAUUACUUAUGUCAGUGUCCAAACGAAUGGGAAGGGCCGCUUUGUGAUAAAGAUGUCAAUGAGUGUGCUAGGUUUGUUGGUACUGAUUUAGGUUGCCAAAAUGGAGCCACCUGCAUAAAUCGUCCAGGAACUUACGAGUGUAUGUGCCCUCACGGAUGGUUCGGAAUUCAUUGUACCAGACGGUCAAAUGACUGUAAAUCAGGAUCUAAUGUAGAACUCUGUGGACAUGGAACUUGUGUAACUCAGUACAAUGAUGUUGGUUAUAAGUGCAUUUGUGACCAAGGUUGGACAACCGAUGGUAAAACUCCCGCUUGUAACACGGACGUCAACGAGUGCACAAUGAAUAAACCUCCAUGUUCAGUGAACCCACCGGUACCCUGUAUAAAUUUACCUGGAACAUUCCACUGUGGAAACUGUCCUCAAGGUUACACCGGAAAUGGAUACUACUGUACCGACCUUGACGAAUGUGCAACUUCAAAUGGUGGAUGUAGUACAAAUCCGAUGGUACAGUGCAUCAAUACUCUUGGUUCCAGAAGUUGUGGGAAUUGUCCUGCGGGAUAUACGGGCGACGGUGUCAUCUGCUCCUAUCAAGGAGUAUGCAGUGUUAACAACGGGGGCUGCCAUAGUUUGGCCACUUGUCGAAAUAACCCAAGAAUUAGUUCAACCUUCGUCGAGUGUGUUUGUCCAGCUGGUUACGCUGGUAAUGGUAUCGGUCCCAACGGAUGCGUGCGCUCUUUACUACCCGAGCAAGGCCCCUGCUACCCAAAUCCUUGCAGACAUGGAAUGUGUAGACUUAAUGGGACUAGUGAUUACGUAUGUGAAUGUUACAGCAGGUAUACCGGAAGAAACUGUGAUUCAUUUAGAGAUUUAUGUGCCACAAAUCCUUGUCAAAAUGGUGGUACUUGUACGUCAAUUCUUGGUAUUUCAUACAGAUGUGUUUGUCCGUCAUCUUACACUGGAUUUAGAUGCGAAACGGAGAGGCAAGCUUGUGGUGGUCAACUAACUUCGGAAAACGGUACGUUAGCUUUCCCUUCAGUUCAAUUCCAGACAUAUGGGCAUGCGUUAAGUUGCGCGUGGACUAUUGAAACUAAUGUAACUAAGGUAUUGAACGUUACAUUUUUAAGCUUCAGUGUGGAAGAAUCUCCUGCGUGUAGAUACGAUUGGCUACAAAUUCACGACGGAAAAAACACAUUGUCACGAUCUAUUGGCCGCUUCUGUGGACACAAUUUACCAAACGGUGGUACAAUUAUCACUACACAUAAUGUAGUUUACCUAUGGUUCAGGUCGGACCAUUCUGUGGCAUCUCGUGGUUUCAACUUGACUUGGACUUCUAUAGUACCAUAUUGCGGUGAAGAGUUAAAAGAAGUCACAUCUCACGGUAACAUUCACUCCCCUGGUUCCCCUGGAAAUUAUCCCAACAACAGAGAUUGUUACUGGCCUCUAGAAGCUCCAGCCGGGAAACGUCUACUGUUCCACUUUUUCUCAUUAAUGAUUGGUAACAGUUCCACCUGUGACAACGACUAUCUAGAAUUUAUUUCAGGAACCGAAUAUAGCGAUCCAGUUUUUGCAAAAUUCUGCAACACUACACACCCGACUCCGCUGUUUUCGCCAGGAGCUGAAGUGCUGGUGCAUUUUCAUACGGAUGCAAGUCGUACUUACCCAGGAUUUCAAAUAACAUAUUCGGUGGUAGAAGGAAUGCCAGGUUGUGGUGGCGUUUAUACGAGAUAUCAAGACGAAAUUCGUUCGCCAUCUUUUAACGGAAACUAUCCGAACGAUAUUCAAUGCGAAUACAAAAUUCAACUUUCUGAAAAGUCACGUAUAAAGCUCACGUUUUUGUCGUUCGACCUUGAGGAGGCUGAAGGGUGUCAGUUUGAUUAUGUUGCUAUUUAUUCGGGUGGUACUGUCGAUGCUCCUCUGAUAGGAACGUAUUGUGGAUCGGAAGUACCUGCACCUUAUAUUGUAGAUAAUAAUGUUUUAUUGAUUGUUUUUAAAACUGACUGGGCUACAACUAGUUCUGGAUUCGUAAUCAGAUACGAAACAGUAUGUGGUGGUAAGUUUACUGCACCUUCUGGAGUUGUUUCGUCUCCCGGAUAUCCAAACAAGUAUGACCAUUCCUUACAAUGCAUAUAUGAAAUAAUACAACCUCUCGGGAGAGUCAUUAAACUGAAAAUUGAAGAUUUAGAUUUAGAGAGUAAUUCAUAUCCGGAGUGUGUGUACGACUAUCUCGAGGUUAGAGACGGACACGAUGCAAAUUCAACGUUGGUAGGAACAUAUUGUGAAGAGGUUCCACCACUUAUUGUUUCAAGUUAUAAUUACUUAUGGUUAAAAUUUGAAUCAGAUUCUAACAAUAACGGUCGAGGAUUUAAAGCUAACUAUACAACUUCCAAUUUAGGAUGCGGAGGAAUUCUAAAGGAAAAAACUGGCACCUUCUCCACACCAAGUUACCCAGAUCUUUAUCCAGGAGACCAAACCUGCAAAUGGAUUAUAUCAGCUCCUCCGGGAAAUAUAAUUCAGUUAAUGUGGAUGAAUUUUCAACUUGAGAGAAGUCACGAAUGUAUGUACGACUACGUAGAAGUGUUUGACAACAAUACAGAAACCGGAGAAGGCUCUUCCAUUGGAAAGUUCUGCGGCCAAACGAUUCCAGCGACAUUGCUUAGCACCUCCAACUUGGUCACAGUGAACUUUCAUUCAGACCCAACACAACAUCUGAGUGGUUUCCUAGCAACAUACAAUAUUAUUUUGGAAGCUAAUGUAUGUGGGGGAAACUACUUUACGGAUGCUGGAACAUUGAAAUCCCCUGGGUAUCCAGAAAACUACCCUUUGAAUAUGGAAUGCACAUGGACCAUACAAGUUAAACCCGGCCAUCAAAUUCUAUUGAAAGUAAUCGAUUUUAGCAUGGAAAGCUAUUCUGUUUGUCGAUACGAUUGGCUAGAGAUAAGAAACGGUGGAAGUGCUGUUUCUCCUCUGUUAGGAAAAUUCUGUGGAACAAAUAUUCCCAAGUCAAUUCCAUCCCAUGCCAAUAAAGUUUACAUCAAUUUCCGCUCAGAUAUGACGAAGUCUGAACGUGGAUUUAAAAUCAAAUGGGAAGCUACAGCAACGGGCUGUGGUGGGUCACUCAGCAGUCCAACGGGUUCCAUAAUUUCUCCAAACUACCCGGAACCAUAUUCAGUCCAUACAGAUUGCAUAUGGAAAAUUGCUGUCAGUACUGGUUCUUUAAUUCAGGCCGUCUUUUCAGACUUAGAUCUAGAAGAACAUUCGGAAUGUCAGCUGGACUACGUUGAGAUCCUCGACGGUCCAUCUCUAAAUUCUAAAUCGCUGGGAAAAUUCUGCACUUCGCAUCCAUCGUUUAUUCGAUCUACUGGCAACAGUCUUACGGUGAGAUUCAGAUCGGAUUUAAGUCGAAACGGUAGAGGAUUCCAACUUCAGUAUACAACAAUGUGUAAUAAUACACUGAAAGGCUUCCGAGGCGUUAUAGAAAGUCCAAAUUUCCCCAAUAGCUAUCCUGGUUCUAUCAACUGUAACUGGGAAAUCAAAGUUGCUGAAAGAAAUAAUAUCAACAUAUCAUUCUCUCAUUUUGAUUUAGAAAGAAUUGCCCCAGAUCACUCGGCUUAUUCUGACAAUAAGUGCAUUUAUGAUUAUCUAGAGAUAUUCUAUAUUGAACCUGUUCAAGAAUAUGAAGAAGAAGGUCCUUUCCAAAAGUAUGGUGUCUACUGCGGUAGUGAUGAUCCUCCUCUAAUUACUUUGAAAUCCAAUCACGCAAAAAUUCAUUUUGUUUCUGAUAACUUAAUAACAGGGAAUGGUUUUCGAUUAGAAUGGCAAAUUGAAGGAUGUGGUGACAUUCUAACUCGACCCAAUGGAACAAUCAGCUCUCCAAAUUAUCCCAACGCAUAUCCACCUUCAGUUGAAUGUAACUGGCAGAUUCAAGCUGAUUUUGGUCAACACAUAGAGAUCACGUUUCAUAAAAUCGAGCUUGAAAAAACUUACACAUGCCAUUUGGAUUAUAUUAAUCUAUAUAACGGUGAAGAUGAUACUUAUCCCAUUAUCGCUAGCGUUUGUCACCAAGAUAAACCGAUAACUUUGAGAAGCUCGGGCAAUAUGAUGUAUAUUAAGUUUAAAGCUGAUUCGUCAGUUCAAGGAAUAGGAUUUAUUGCUAACUAUACUACAAAAGCUACAAAAUGUGGAGGAAAAUAUAUUGCCGACAAAGCAACUAUUAUGUCUCCAAAUUAUCCUCAAAAUUACGAAGUUAACGAUACAUGCAGCUACCAGAUUGAAAUCGGAGAAGGACACAUGAUUUCGCUGAAGUUCGAAGAUUUCGAUCUGUUUACACCAGAUGGUGUCAACUGUGAAUCAAACAAUAACAGUUUCGUGAAGGUGUACGACGGUCCAACAAUAGACUAUCCUAUUUUGGCCAAAAUCUGUGGCAAAGAUGCUCCUAAUCACACUAUUAUUUCAACUACAAAUAAAAUGUAUGUGGAAAUGGUGACACAAACAGAUGUAGUAGCUAAAGGCUUCUUAGCAAAUUACAAAAGGACAUGUGGCGCCCGAAUUGAAACUGAUGGUACUGGAUACAUACGUCUAAACCCCAACGAUUUAGAUUACGAAGAAUUUAAUUGCUCCUGGACUAUCGUGUCUAAAGAUCCAAGCAAACACGUUUCUUUAACCAUCACUCAUUUAGACACAAUGAGCAGUUAUUGCGAUGAAAGCUUCAGUGCUCUAAAAAUCUACAACGGUGCUUCUUCCGAUGCCCCCUUGUUGGGCAGUUACUGUGGAACAAAAAGUCCACCCACUUUAACAACUGACGGUUCGGCAAUGCACAUAGAUAUAGAAUACAACUCAGUAUUGUUUGCAACUUACUCCAUUUUCGAUAAUCAUUGUGGCGGUACUCUAACAUCAGUUGAAGGUAUUUUUGCGUCUCCCGGUUACCCAAAAAAAUAUCCAAUGGAAACAGAAUGCGAGUGGACAAUUGAUAUUCCCGAAGGAAACCACCUAUCGGUGACUUUUACAUACUUUGAAUUAUUAGAGUCCGAACAUUGUAAUACCGACUACUUGGAAGUAAGACAAAGUAAUGGAACUGGAAAACUUCUGGGGACAUAUUGUGGUGAUGAUCUACCGUUAAAUAUCACUAAUAUGGGUAGUUUAUGGUUUUUCCUAAAAACCAGCCUUAUGGACGGUGAUUUAUCAGCUAUCACCGCUAAAGGAUUCCAAGCAGAAUAUAUUCUAAACCAUGAAAAUGAUCUAACUGGACAUUCCGGAAGAAUAGUGUCACCACUGUAUAAUCAGGGUCAUCCACUCUAUGGUGAUUAUUCUUGGAGAAUAACCGUAAACUACGGAAAACGCAUUUUAUUAACUUUUAAAGAAAUAAAUUUAGAAAGCGGUGACAGUAUGUGUUUCUCGGCGAUCACGAUUUACGAUGGCUCCAGCGACACGGACGCUCUUAUAAAUGAGUUCUGUGGGACGUCGCUACCAAAAGAUAUUAAAUCCACUUCUAAUAUUUUGUUCAUCAAAUUUAGAGGUUACAGCACGGCCCGAUCCAUAACUAGAUUCAUUCUAGAAUGGUUAGAAAUCGAUGCAAUCACUCCUAAAAUCGACCAAAUCCCUAAUGUCAAAGGCUGUGGAACCAGCGAACCCGUAAAUAUAAAUGGUUUGAAAAAUUUUACGAAAAUUACGUCUCCUGGAUAUCCUAACGGGUACGGAAGAAAUCUAAAUUGUGAAUGGAUAUUCACUACGAUUUCGAUGAAUCGGCUAGCUAUUUAUUUAACCGACAUGGAUUUGCAACCUUCUUAUGGCUCUUCCUGCUACGGAGAUUACAUUGAAGUUUUUGAAAAGAAAACUGCAGACUGGCAGAGUGUUAUAAAAACUUGUCACGAAAACGUUACCUCUAGGUCUCUCAUCUAUACUUCAAAUAUGAUGAAGGUCAUUUUUAAAACGGAUAACUAUGGAAAUCGCACUGGAUUUGCGGCCUUUGUACGAGAAGCAUGCGGCGGUUAUUUGACGGAACCUACGAAUUACAUCGUGUAUGACAACAAUACAAGGCAGAGUUUAGUUUCGAGAUACUCCGCCACGUGUCAAUGGAAUAUCACGGUUGGUGCUGGAAAAACGAUAGAGAUAGAAUUCUUACAAUUCGAUAUAUUACACGAUAAGGAAAAGGGUUGCAAUAACUAUCUAAUGAUCCGUAAUGGGAUCUUUUCGGAUUCUCCGAUUUUAGGAGAUGGUAAAUACUGCGGUGAUCAACUUCCCUCAAUACUUAAAACAACUGGCAAUAAUGCGUACAUUAAAUACCAAGGACAAUCUUUGGCAGCCAAUUUCAAAAUGCGUUACCGAGAAGUUUCCUACGCGUGCGGUGGAGAAAUAACCUUAAACCAGUUUGAAAAUGUUACUGAAAUUAGCUCGCCUAAUUACCCUCAAAUACCUCCUCCGCAUAUUGAAUGUGUUUGGAGGAUCAUUGGUCCUCCUGGCGAAAUAAUCCGGAUUGAUUUUCCGUUUAGAUUUGACGUAACCAACGACAAAGAAUGUAAUAAGGAGUAUGUGGAAAUACGGGAUGGUGCUACUAUAUAUUCGAAGUUAAUAGGAAAAUUCUGUGGCAAUAAACCAAAUUCCCAGUUCACAACUAACAACAUGAUGUUUGUAAAAUUCUUCACUCAGUUAACUGAUCCGAGCAACGGUUUUAAGGCAAAAUUAACUCUUGCUUAUUGUGGCGGAACUGUCAACGGUAAAAUGGGCCAAAUUCGAUCACCUUACUUCAACAAUCCUUCUAAGUAUCCCGUCGGCGCAAACUGCACUUGGCACUUAGUGUCACCACCUGAUCACAGUAUGAAUAUAAAGUUCAAUAAAAUCGAUUUAGAAGAAAGUUUUGGAUGUACAAGUGACCAUGUGUGGAUUUAUGAAGAAAAUCAAGUGGACAACACGAAAACUACCCUCGGUAAAUUCUGCGGGAAAAAACUUCCGAGUGAACUAAAUUCAGCUGGAAACGAAGUGCUCGUUAAUUUCCUGACGAACCAAGUAAAAAAAGAUUUAAGCGGCUUCUCGUUAAAUUUUAACUCAAGCCGAGAAGUUUGUGGUGGUGUCAUUGAGGCUGCAGAAGGUACAAUUCAAUCUCCAGGUUAUCCAGCACCUCAUGAAACCCUAAGAAGAUGCGGUUGGUACGUCAAGGUACCACGUGGUCGACGCGUGACUGUAAAUAUCGAGGAUUUCGGCUUAGACAAUCGAUUAUUAGCUACGUGGAUAAAUGGAUUAGCAUUUUAUAACGAAAACAGUUUCCGAAGUUUUCUUAAAAAAAUUUCUUCGAAUAACGAAAAGACUGUCGAGUCUUCGGAAAAUCACAUGUUUAUUUACUAUUGGUCUUCAGGGAAAACUGGACGCGGAUUUAAAUUAAAGUUCUCUUCUAAUGAACCUACAAGAUGCCAAGGUGAUCUAAAUGAAGACAGUGGUACUAUUACUCAGCCAAAUAUUCCAUAUCCUUAUUUUUGUACUUACAUUCGAAAUCAACAGUACCAAGGAAAAACUUUUGCGAUGACUAUUACCACUACUACGAAUAAUACUAAUCCGGGUGGUAAAACAAGCUGUUUCCAAUAUUUAGCCACGAUUAAAGUGGAGUCAGAUGAGGCCAAAUCACCUCUUCAGACCAUACAAUGUAUUCCUAGUACAACAGUCAUCCGAUCUCCUUAUUCAAACUUAAAACUAACGUUCAUGCAAACUACAAGUCGAAGUACUGUCAACUACACAAUGUCUUAUAACACAUACAAAUGUGGUGGAGUCAUAAGUAGCGAAACGGGGGUUAUCAGAAGCCCUGGUUACCCAAACAAGUACUCAUCAUCGAUCGAAUGUGCGUGGUUGUUAAAAUUACCAGAGGAACAAACUAUUCUAUUAACAUUUGAGAAUCUCGAUUUGGGGGACAAUUGCGCAAAGAGCUAUCUGGAUAUAUACAACGGGAAUUCGCCGAGCAGUCCGAAGAUUGAUAGGUACUGCCAAAACAACAAACCUGAUUCCAUAAGAUCAGAAUCUAAUAUUUUAUGGAUUGAAUAUAAAUAUGACCAAGAGUCAAACGGAAAAGGUUUUAGUCUGAAAUAUGAACCAAAAAUACAAGGAUGCGGUGGUUUGUUCCAUAGCCAAAAUCGAAUAAUCCAAACUCCCUCUUUCCCUGAUGAUUACCCUAACAAUGCAGAGUGCUUAUGGGAACUUAGAAGUGAUGAAGGGUACCACAUUGGGCUUACGUUUAUGACUAGAUUUCAAAUAGAACAAAGCGACAACUGUGAAAACGAUUUUGUUGAAAUAUGGGAUUGGAGAAAUGAUGAGUGGUUUUCUUUAGGAAAGAAAUGCGGCCGAGAAAUUCCAGAGUCGAUAAACGCUACCUCUAACAGAAUGAAGAUUUUGUUUAGAAGUAACGAAAGAAUUGGCGGUAAAGGUUUUAGAGCGAAGUGGGAAUGGAACUGUGGAGGCACUUUCAUCGCUGAUGCCACUGAACGUUUCAUUGUGAGUCCGGGAUAUCCACUUUUAUACAAGAAAAAUAUGCGGUGUGAAUACAACAUCUCCUCAAAGAAUCCAUCCCAGUAUGUCAACAUAAAGUUUUAUCAGUUCCAAUUAGAAGGCAUGGGAUCAAAUUGCAGAUUCGAUAAUCUAACUAUUAACAAUUAUAUUUCUGGCGUAAGAUAUGUACACAUAGCAUCCAUGUAUCGUCAAGUCUUUUGUGGUCAGCGUAUUCCCCCAAAUAUUCGACUGGCUAACAAAAUUUACAUACUUUUCCAAACAGAUGCGUGGGUGCAGAAAUCAGGAUUCAGAUUUUCUUAUCAACUUGACACUUGUGGUGGUGAAAUUAAAUCAGCAAGAGUAAUAAAUUCACCUCCCAUGAAUAUCGAAAAAACACCUGGUUUAUACCAUGGGUACUUAAAUUGCGUCUGGAACAUCACCGCUCCACCAAAAAAGAUGAUUGUCGUUAAUUUCCAAGAGUUCAAUUUCGACUACAGACGCAACUGUUAUUUCGAUAACGUUGAGAUUUACGAAGGAUCUGCUGUAUUAAGAUCAAAAAGAAUUGCUAAUUUAUGUGGUAAUUUGAAUAAAAAUCUCCCGAGCAUUAAAUCAGAAAACAAUACAGUACUGAUAGUGCUGAAAGCUGAUCGUACUGCAAAUCAUGCUGGUUUUAAGGCUGAAGUUUACUUUGCGGAUGGACCUGCGUCUGGAUGUGGCGGAAAAAUAAAACUUAACGGAAGUGUAGCUGCAACACUGACUGCACCAGAUCUAUCAGAUAUGGAUUGUUUCUGGACAAUUCAGUCAGAUAUUGGUACCACAAUCAAACUUCAUUUUGAUGAAUUCAAAUUACCUACUACGUGUGGUUCAAGUAAUCAUACCUUUAGGAAUUGUAGCUGUGGAUAUUUGGAAGUUAGAGAUGGACACCCAUCCGUGGCAGAGAUAAUUGAAAAAUUCUGUGGUCUUACAAGCACAAGUUUUGCAAGAGAACUGUCGAGUACAAGCAACAGCAUGGGCAUACGACUUUUUACAAGAGGAAUUGUAAGGAGAGCUUUUAAAAUUACUUUGAAAGCUACACCAUCAAUUUGUGGCCCCAUUUACUUAAAUGCUACAAAAGAUAUCCAGACCAUAGUUUCUCCUGGUUAUCCUAAUAAAUACCCCAGUGAUAUAAAAUGUGCAUGGAUCAUAAAAAAUAAUAAUGGUUAUGGAAAAUUCGUGGUUCGUUUUGUCGAUUUCGACCUGAAUGAAGAAAAUAAUCAACAUAUUGUGAACAACGUUUGUAACGAAGAUAAAGUAGAGAUUAUAGACGAGACGAAUAAUCUACUUUCGGAUGGUUUCGGUCCUGGAUUUUUGAUUUCUGGGAACAGAAGAAAAACUACAGAUUUCGCUAGAUAUUCCUUAAUGACAGGCACUCAUCAGUUUUGCGGUAAAUCCGACGGACCGUUUGACUACUACUCAAACUUAAAUACUAUAGUAAUCAAGUUCUCAAGUGGUAACAAUGACCGAAACCGCGGCAAAGGAUUCAAAGCAGAGUAUCACACAAUAGGUUGCAACAGAAACUACACCUCCUUACAAGGACGUGUUGUCAACACCAUUACGAAUGAGUGUUUUCAAACAAUUACCGUACCUAAGAACUACACAAUUUCGGCUUAUUUCCAGCAGUUUGUGAUGUACCAUUUGAACGACUGCGAAAAGGUUGGUGUAGAAAUACGCGAUGGAGGAAACCAAUCUGCUACUCUGUUGCAAAAAGUUUGCGGUUACGCGUUACCAAAUCCAAUUUUCUCAACGACGAAUAAGUUGUGGUUACAUUCUUGGAAUCAAAUGGGCGACAGGUGGCCAGCAAGCUACGAUUUUGUUUAUACAUCGUCGGAUCAAGGAAAGGGGUGUGGUGGUACUUUGUACAACUACAAGGGAUCAUUUACUAGUCCUUUAUAUCCUCUGGGCUAUAAAAAUAGCACUCCAUGCGAAUGGAAUAUCCGAGUUCCUGUCGGCAUGAGGGUGGCUAUUAAAUUUUCUGUUUUUGACGUUCGAGGCGAAUGUGACCACAAUUAUGUAAAAGUGACCACAUAUGAGAAAGAAGACGGAAAUGAACACCGAUUUUGUAAAAAUGAAAACCCAGCUGUUCUUUACUCAAAUUCACACAUUUUAGUAAAAUACCAAUCUUCUAUUAAUAAUGAUGGAGCUGGAUGGCAAGCUUCGUUUGAAGCCGUGAGUCAGUGAAAUAUCGUCAUUUAUGUAUGAGAAUAUUAAUAAAAAGAGAUAUAUCCUCCA